UUCCUCGUCAUACUGCGCUCCUACACACGUUGUUUCGGUGGAUUUGAAGUGAGAGGGGAGGACUCUAGCUGGCAACAUUUCUAGCUAAGGAUUUUAUGUUGCUAGUUCUCGGCCGUCGGGUUUCUCUGUCAUUCGUAAAACGAGUCAUUCCCCAAGAUCCAGUUUUGUUGUCGAAUCCCAUUUUGCAGGACUUCAGAACUAUCAAAUUCCGAGUAAUACACAGCAGCACCUUCUUCGCAAGCGCUACCAGACAAAAUACAGACACCAUGCCUGAAAGGAGGCCCUUCGUAAGGUUGCCCACUGACGUCUACCCCGUCAACUACGGGUUGUGCUUGAAGCCCGACCUCAUCGACUUCACUUUCGAGGGCAAGUUAGAGGCGAUUGUGAAGGUAGGUUUAACCUUGGCCACUAAUCAGAUUGUGAUGAACUGUGCUGACAUCGACAUCAUCACAGCAUCCUUUGUACCAGAGGGAGGGGAAGAAAUUAAUGCUACAGGAUUCAACUAUCAAAAUGAGGACGAGAAAGUCACUCUGUCAUUCCCUAGUGCUCUACAGAAAGGAUCCGGUACAUUGAAGAUUGACUUUGUUGGGGAGCUGAAUGACAAAAUGAAAGGGUUCUACAGAAGUAAAUAUGCAACUCCUGCAGGAGAAAUCCGCUAUGCUGCUGUCACACAGUUCGAGGCCACGGACGCUCGCCGGGCCUUCCCCUGUUGGGAYGAGCCAGCUAUCAAAGCCACCUUUGACAUCUCUCUGAUAGUUCCCAAGGAACGAGUAGCCUUGUCAAAUAUGAAUGUCAUCGAUCGAAAGCCACAUCCAGAAGAUGACAGCCUUUUGGAAGUGAAGUUCGCCACCACCCCCAUUAUGUCCACAUACCUUGUAGCGUUCGUCAUCGGCGAAUACGACUUUGUAGAAGGCCAAUCGUCGGACGGCGUGACCGUACGCGUCUACACGCCUACCGGAAAGGCGGAACAAGGGAAAUUUGCACUAGAGGUUGCUGUAAAGACCUUACCUUUCUACAAUGACUACUUCAAUGUUCCUUACCCAUUGCCUAAAAUUGAUCUAAUAGCUAUCGCUGACUUUGCUGCUGGUGCCAUGGAAAACUGGGGCCUUGUUACYUACAGGGAGACGGCGCUGCUGAUUGACCCGAAGAACUCGUGCUCGUCCUCACGGCAGUGGGUGGCCCUGGUGGUGGGACACGAGCUAGCUCACCAGUGGUUCGGGAACCUGGUCACCAUGGAAUGGUGGACCCAUCUGUGGCUUAACGAGGGCUUUGCAUCAUGGAUCGAGUACCUCUGUGUGGACCACUGCUUCCCUGACUACGACAUCUGGACACAGUUUGUGUCUGCCGACUACACCCGCGCCCUGGACCUGGAUGCGCUGGACAACAGUCAUCCCAUCGAGGUGAACGUGGGCCACCCGUCGGAGGUGGAUGAAAUCUUUGAUGCCAUAUCCUACAGUAAAGGAGCGUCUGUGAUCCGUAUGCUGCACAACUACAUAGGAGACGAGGAUUUUAGGAAAGGAAUGCAUUCCUAUCUGUUGAAGUUCCAACAUAAAAAUGCRGCAACAGAGGACCUAUGGGAAUGUCUGGAACAGGCUAGCGGGAAACCCAUCGCCCUGGUGAUGAGCUCCUGGACUAAGCAGAUGGGCUUCCCUAUAAUCGUAGUGGACCAGGAGCAGCAAGGGGAUGAUCGCAUCCUCAAGAUAUCUCAGAAGAAAUUCUGUGCCAGUGGACCACAUAAUGGUGAGGACUGCCCUAACUGGAUGGUACCAAUCAGUAUCUGUACCGGUGAGGACCCCGGCUGUACCAAGCUCAAGGUGCUGCUGGACAGCCCAGAGACCACCAUCACGAUCAACAACGUCAGCCCUGACCAGUGGGUCAAGAUCAACCCAGGAACAGUGGGCUUCUACAGGAUCCAGUACAGCUCGGCCAUGUUGGAGAGCCUGCUGCCUGGUAUCAGAGACCUCACCCUGCUGCCUGUUGACCGUCUGGGCCUGCAGAACGACCUCUUCUCCCUGGUGAGUGACACAGACUACCGUCAACACUACACCAGCAUGCCCUUUAGCUCGACGCUAACGCUCAAUAAUAAAUUGGAUAUGUAUGGUAAUGGUGCUUGUAUAAUUCAGGAUUCAUCGUACCUGUUCACUCCCAUCGGCCUCAAGCUGGGCUGGGAAUGCAAGCAGGGCGAAGGUCACCUGGAUGCCCUGCUGAGGGGCCUGGUUCUGGGGAAGCUGGGGAAGGCGGGACACAAGCCCACGCUGGAGGAGGCCCGGCGGCGAUUCAAAGACCAUGUGGAAGGCAAGCAGAUCCUCUCUGCAGACCUCAGGAGCCCAGUGUACUUAACAGUGCUGAAGCAUGGUGACAGUGCCACGUUGGACACAAUGCUGAAGCUUCACAAGCAGGCUGACAUGCAGGAGGAGAAGAACCGCAUAGAGAGAGUGCUGGGAGCCAUCUCUGCCCCCGACCUCAUCCAGAAAGUCCUCACCUUUGCCCUCUCGGAGGAUGUGCGUCCCCAGGACACGGUGUCAGUAAUCGGGGGCGUGGCCGGAAGCAGUAAGCAUGGAAGGAAAGCCGCCUGGAAGUUUGUCAAAGACAACUGGGAGGAGCUUCACAACCGCUACCAGGGCGGCUUCCUCAUAUCACGGCUCAUCAAGCUCUCUGUGGAUGGAUUCGCCAUUGACAAAAUGGCUGCUGAAGUGAAGAGUUUCUUCGAGAGCCACCACGCACCGGCGGCUGAGCGCACGGUGCAGCAGUGCUGCGAGAACAUUCUCCUGAAUGCCGCCUGGCUCAAGCGCGAUGCCGACGACAUUCACCAGUAUCUACUGAAGCGCAAAGCUCCCCCGGUCUGAACAACCCACUCCCCCCCCCUUCCAGCGCGGACCUCCCUGCAUCAUAGCUGCCUCGGCCCCCCCCUUCUCAGUCCAUAGACGGAGCGAGCAUACUCAAAGCAGGCUUAAUUUCUCUAAMAGAAAAAAUACAAACGACGAUGACGUCAACAAACAAGCCAAGAAUUUAACCAAGUGUUGAAAAAGAAAAGACUAUUAUACAUAAAUAACAAAGCAAAUUCAUUUGUCUGACAAGGAAUGUAGUUACCCCCAUUCUGCCCAUCGGAAGAUGAUACAUGAGUUAGGUUACUGGGGUUUAACACUCCCAGAUAUGAUUUGCGAAAUGGCUAUCCCAGGGUGCAUCCCAAAUGCCUCUCCAUUCUCUACAUUGGUGCACUAUUUUUGACUUGAGCCAAAUAAGCCCUGGUUAGUGCACUUUAUAGGGUUCCAUUUGAGAUGCACACCAAGUCUGAGUGCAUACUCACACUCCCGUACAGUUACGACACGCAAAACAUGAACACUUGCAUACACACACAGCCUUGCAUCGUAGUUUGAAAACUGUGAAUUAAUUUYUCAUCACCCGCUCCUACUCUAUGGAGAGAAAAAAAAAGCAUGAAUUAUAUGAUAUAUCCUGUGUUGCUGUUCACUUUGUUUGUUUUCUGUACAAACAAAUUAUUUUAUUUUUUUCCUGCCAUCGGCGUUUCGCAGUUGCUGGUUUUUACCCAACAGGUGUUGUGAUUGGGUAAGAGCACAGCUGGGCAGAAUGGGGUUAAUAUAGCGUGUGAUGUUUUGUUGGCGGUAGUUAAAUGAACUCAUGGCACUGAUCUCCAUUUCUAAUAACGGUUAGGACAAAAGGUGAGCAGCGCUAGCAUGGUACUACAUGUAUACUGUUUAAUGCAAGCAUUCUUGCAAAGACGUUCCACAAAUCUGAAUAGCGAUAUUCAUUGUUACCUUACCCGCCACUCUCUUCCCCCUCAAUCCAUCAUCCUACUCUGGCAUUUGAUACAUACCAUCCCCCCCCCUUCAGUCGCCUGUAUUCUUAGCCCUAUGUGGAGUUACAGAAUGAUGUAUAGUAUGGCAAACGACAAACAUGCAUAUUUAAAUUGUUUCUUCAUCUGCCACAUUAUAUACAAAAUUACGUCUUGUUUUCAAUAACCUGUUUUUAUAAGAUGCAGUGAUUUAUUUUAACGUUGAGGAAAAACUUUCAUUUAUUCUGAAGAAUUAGUAAAACAACACUACUUGGGCCUUUUAGUGCAGUUAACACCAGGAAAUUUUAGUGUAUACACUUUCAUGAUGUACUGGCCCAGUUUGAAAUGAUAGGAUUUACUUAACACUGCUAUUGAACUCCGAAGCCUUAAAUUGGUAAAGUGGUUUGCAAUAAUUACACUGAAGUGGGUGAUAUUCCACUGCAAAGUUAAAAAUAUUGUUUCUAACAUGACAGAUCUACACACAGACUUGUUGAACGAGUAUAUCUAUAUAGAAUUUGAUGUGGCUUUGAAAACAUUUACCGGAGAAGAUCAUCAAACUAAUUGUCACUCUUUCCCUGGAACAUUUGUUGUGCUUUUGUUUAAAAAUAGUUGGUGUUCAUUAAAGUAAAAAAAAAAAAGACUUAAACAAUA